GUAUUUGUGUGUGUGCGUGCCUCAAGAACGUCAGACGUGGUGUUUAUAUUUUUAUUUCAAUUGCAUUUUUCGUUCAUUUUCCCCACACCAAACAUGCCAAAAAUGCAUGAAAUUAGUGUAUAAGUGUCCAGUGCAAUGACCAAAAGUGCUUAACACCCAGCUCCAUGGGUGAAAAGGUGGAAAAAGUGGAUUAAAAGAGUCAGAUUGUUUUGUGUGUGACAAGUUCUCAAAUCGCCAACUUCGCUGCAAUAAGCGCGACUCUGUAAUAUCUCAUUCUUGCACGAAUAGUGGUCACCCCGCUGGUGCACCGUGCAAAUUGGCGGUGAAUUUUGGGUGGAAAAUGCAUCAGCAUCGACGACGCAAGAAGCGACCCAACUAUGGGACUCGCACAGUUGAGGUGUGUCGUGGCAUAAAUGGGUUUGGUUUUACAAUUUCUGGACAAGCUCCCUGCAUCUUGUCGUGCAUUGUGAAUAAUUCACCAGCGGACCUAGCUGGUCUACGUGCUGGGGAUUUUUUGAUAUCUGUGAAUGGACUCAAUGUGUCGAAACUUCCGCAUGAGGCGGUGGUGCAAUUAAUUGGGAAUUCCAGUGGCAGUAUCCGUAUGACCAUAGCUGAGAACUAUUUUUCCGACAGUUCAGAUGAGGAUCAAAUCAAUACCCACAGCAAUGUGCAACGUGGGAGGCCAAAAUAUCACAAUAAGAUCAAGGCAAAUCGAGCAUUAAUGCGACGGACAAUGGAGGAGAGAAAUAGUCCCUCGACUAUACUGUCCGAUUUUGCUCUGCACAAUCUCGCACUGAGGCAGAUCAGGGAGAAUGAGACACUAAUGCCACCCUCACCGACUGCCCAUGAUAUCAUCUUGAGCCCUACGGCCAGCAAUAGCAGUGAUGUGCGCAAUGUUAGUGCCAUGGUGAGGAGUUCAAAUAAGUCCCGGGAGGAUUUGCGUGUGAAGCCAAUGGCGCCUAAAAUGAGUCGCUUGAGGGAAUAUCGGGUGAUUGUGGGGUACCUGGGGACGGUUGAGGUACCAAGGCAGAUUGCCGUUAGUGGCUCAAAGCUGCAGACAGUUCGUGGAUGUAUCCGGAAGAUGAGGCAUGAAAAACGGGGCGUAACGACUGUUCUCAUGACAAUUUUACCCAAUUGCAUGACUCUCAAGAAUUGUGGUGAUAUCCUACUGGCCACUUUUCCCGCUGGGACCAUCAAUUACGUCAGCAGUGGCUCUCAGAGUGACAAUAGAUUCUUCGGUGUUGUGACAUCUGGACUGUACUCCGAUGGCCUAAUGUGUGAUCCUACGGAAGUAAUUUUGAGGCAUACAACAUCACACAGCUGCCAUGUAUUUGCAAUUGACACGAGAAUCACUGAUCAUUCCUGGCAUUUUGAGAAAGUCAACCAAUUCAAGAUCACCUGCUCAAGAGAUCCACUUACGAACACCUGCCAAGAGGUACCGAGUACAUCGGAAUAUGUUGUUAACCUCAUACGAAGUAUGUACACUCUCAAGUCCUCAGGCAGUCGCCAGGAGGCUGGACUGCAUUUUCGAUCAAAGCCACCCCUUGGCAGAGGUCUCCAUAUGGCACGUUCCAUAGAGCAUCGUCUCAAUCCACGUGCCCUCGAUGAUCAUGACUUUAUGGCCAAUUCUCCACAGCCCAGCAAUCACAGUGAGAUCACAACAACCUCCAGUAAUUCGGAUUCUGGAAUUGGUUUCCACAAUGACUGCCCCAAUAUCUCAGAUCGGGUUCUUGUGGUGGAUUUUCCUGGGAUUCAGAAUCACAAACUCAUUCCCAGUUUUCGUCCAAAUCCAAUUGGAAGCAGUGAUACAUCAUUGCGUUCCUGUGGGUUGUCCAGUGCACAGCAAGAAAUUGAAUCUCUUGGUCACAAUUCGUCAAUUGUAGAGUCAAUUGAGGGAAAACUAAAACCCCAUCAUUCCAAGUCCAAAUCAGCUGAUAAUACUCCAAGACCCUCAACGUCUCGUGAUACUGAUCCAAGACUCACAGUUAGAGCCAUGCCUGAUCCCAAGAUACUCAAUGAUUUGACCCGAGAUGAUAGCACUGCCUACGAAACUGUUUUCCCCGUAAUGCCACUUAAAUACUGGCUAGCAGGAAAAUCUGUCGAUGAUGAUGGCAAUAUCGUGCAAGAACGUGCAGUUGAUGUACCCAAAACCUAUGAACAAUCCCCAAAUCGUCCAUUUAGCUGUGACAUUGAGGAGUCUGAGGAGAAACAGAGAAAUUUCCUACAAACUGCUCGAUCCUGUGAUGACAUGAUACUGACAUUUGAGAAAGAAUUUGAUCGUCGAGUGAAUCUCAUGAAGAAUCGUCAAUCAAUUCAAUUAUCCAUGGAUGAUGUCUCCGUCCUGGACAGUACAGCAAAGGUGUCCAAACAAUCCGACACCAAGGAUGAUCAUGUAUUCUUGCCACCCAAGCCAGUGAAGAAAUCAAGAAAGUCCCACGAUGCUAGAAAGAGUAGCAAUAUGAAUAAAAUCAUGUCGUACAAAUUGAGUCCAAAAGUUUUUGGAUUGUCACGUCCGAUGUCAGCCAGCCUGGAAAAUAUUGCAAGAUCUUUUGGCAAAAAGAAUCCAGAUGAUAUAAAGGAAUCCUCAACCAUCUACGGAAGCUUGAAAGACCUGAAAGACGAUGAGUGUGCAGCAAGACAGAAUCUCCUAGAUAGCAAUGCCUACAGUGAGCCAGAUCUACGAUGUGCAGAAGAUGCUCGAGCACUUCCUACAAAUUCGGGCAAUUCACCAUUUAGACGAUGGGGUCAGUCAUCGUUUAGAUCACGAUCAAAUGAACAGCGAAAUCUUCUCCCGAGGAGACCAUCAUCGCUAGCUGCAUCAGAGAAUGAUGUUUACACAAAGUCCAUUAAUGGGGAGAUUGCAACGGGUAGAAUGGAGAGGGAGUUUUCCGAUGCAACCAAUGGAUCGUGUGGUGUGUCGGGAUGGAGUAAUUCAUUUGAGAGACUACUGGAAGAUACAGCAGGUCUACAUGCCUUUGCUGAAUUUCUCAAGAAGGAAUUUUCAGCUGAGAAUAUUUACUUCUGGACAGCAUGUGAACGCUAUCGUCAAAUUGAGGACCAGAAUGAGAGGGCAAAGGAGGCUCAGGAGAUCUUUGCCAAACAUCUGGCCUCAACUGCUGGUGAACCUGUGAAUGUGGACUGCCAAGUAAGGACUACAGCUGAAGAAAAUCUUCAAAGUGCCAGUAUUGAUCUCUUUGAACCGGCUCAGAAGCAAAUCUUCAAUUUGAUGAAAUUCGAUAGCUAUGCCAGAUUUAUCCGAUCGGACUUAUUCAAGAGUUGCCUAGAGGCUGAAUCCAAGUGUAAACCUUUGCCGUAUCCUGGUGAUCAAUUGGAUGUGGGUCUGAGAACUGGACCUGUGAUUCCAACACCGUCCAAGCUGAAAAAAUCUCUGAGUAAUGCCGAGGAUCGUCGACGAAAGAGUCUCUUACCCUGGCACCGUAAGACAAGAUGCAAGUCAAAGGAUCGUGAUGAUGUAAAUAGGCAUUUGAGCGGUGGAAGCAAAAGUGGCAGUAGUCUUCGAGUGCCUCUGAUGAAUUCCAAUAGUGAUUUGCACAGUUCCCGAAGUUCUCUGUCCAGCUUUGAUGCAGCCAUCACGAAGCUCAGUACGACCAAUGAGAAUGAGGAAGGACGGAGUACGCUGUGUCGAGUAAUUUUGCCAGAUGCUGCCACGACAAUUGUCCAGACGCGAUCAGGUGAAACAAUGAGAGAAUUGGUUGAUAGAUUACUGGAGAAGCGUGGACUCACCUAUAACUGCUAUGAAGCUUUUCUGGCGGGAUUUAGCAAACCCCUGGACUUGGAGGAAUUGUCCAGGAAUGUGGCGGGAAAGGAGGUGCAAAUUGAACAGAGAGUUGUCUUCAAAUUGGACUUGCCCAAUAGAAAGGUGAUUUCAGUUAAGAGCAAACCAUGUAAAUUCCUCGAAGAUGUCCUACGACCCAUUCUCCAUAAAUACAACUAUCGUCUGGAGAUGGUACAGGUGUAUGGCAAGGAAAGUCCUGAUCCGAUUGAUAUGAAAGUGGCUGUAACGUCUGUUGAUGGACAGAGAUUGCAAAUAGUGAUUAAGGCGACUGAUGGCGGUAACAAUGUGAAGCAGAUGAACAAAUUGUCCACUACCGGAAUCGUGGAUGGUGGUAAUUGUGAUGUUGCGCAAUUGAAGAAUUCAGCAGUGCAACAUCAUCCGUGCAUGACUGCCAACUUCAACCAGAGCACUCUCGAUGAGAUCACCAAUAAAGUGUUCAAUGAGCUGCUCCAGGGAAAGGUUGAGACACUGGCGGGAACAUCUGGAGCUGGUGGACCGGAUAAUCCCUUUCCAAGGGCCACGGUUGAUCAGCUUUCCAUGAAGUCUGAAGAAUGGGGAUCAGAGACUUCCUCGGGGAUCUUCAAUCGAGCACGUCGACAUGAUUUGUUGCCCAAGCAUCGUGGUCGUAAAGUGGCUCAAUCGCAGAAGAACUCCCAGACAGAGUCAGAGGAUAAUGGUGAGGGCAUUAAGAAGCCGUUGAUUGCAAAGUGGAAGAGUGGAGCAAAGUUACAGGUGACCACGAGAAGUAGUCCAGGUGGGGAUGACCUGCUGGAGGGUCUCAAGAGAGCUCAACGAUCUCGCCUGGAAGAUCAACGUGGUACGGAGAUUAACUUUGAAUUGCCCGAAUUCCUGAGAAACAAAGAAAAUAUGAAUAACAAUAAAAAUCGCCGUGAGAGUCAAAGGUACGAUGAUGGUGGCGAGGUGGAUGUUGUACACCGAAGAGAUUCCAGUGAUCGUGUUUCUGGCUUCCCACCCAGACCUCAGCCAGCGCCCAGGCUUUCAAUUAUCAACAAUAACAGUGGCAAUCAUGCGAAUUGUGGACUUUCACCGCGUACUCCGCCACCACCGUCCACCAGUCUCGUGGGCAACAAUAACAAUGAGGCUGGAAGUGGGGGAAAUUACAGCAAUUCUGCGGUCAUUGAGAGAUCACUGCUCCAACUGUUGGAAUCAUCUCCGCAGGCGGGCGCCAUUAAGAGUGAUUCGGAGAGAUUUGACAAUAGUUCGGCAUAUCUUACGCCAUCCCGGACGGGAUUUACGGAUCCGGAACUGUUCUAUGGGCGUCACCACAGUGGUGGAGAUAGGGGAGCUUUUAGGCAUGGUGAUCUUCUCAAUUCUAGUUUCAGUAGCACCACUACGAACAACAGUACGAAUUAUUUUGAGGAAAUUGGAGGAUUUGGAACAGAAAUGGAUGUCCAGGGUGCUCGAGGGCCACCUCCAUUGCCGCCAAAGCCCAAAGUUGUGCCCAUGAAACCAUCCAAUUGGAGUCAGAGUGCUCAGCGGCAGAAGCAAUCGAAGAUGUCGCCAACGGUGACAAAUGAGGAGAUGUUCAAGAUGCCCAUGGAUAUGCCAAGGAUGAGUGAAAACACGAGGAAACAGAAGAAUGCCUACUUCGAUCAGCCGAGCAGUAGUUUUGUUUGAAGCUGGAACUUUCAAAUUUAAUCGAUGACAAUAGCUUAAUGGAAUUUAUUAGUACCUAGAAGACCUUUAUAAUAUUAUUUUUCACGAAUAGAAUUUAAGUGGAAUAUUUAGGAAAAAGUGCCAAUCGAGAGGAAAAUUUCUGAAAGAAUUUUUUUUGAAUGUUUUUUGGACGAAGAUUUUUUUCUAUCCAUAUUAAGAAUUGAUAAUUUAUAUACACUCUACUUGGAUAUUCUCUAUUUUUUAUCAAAUAAAAUAUCAUAGUUUACAAUAUUUAAA